AUGAAUUCAUCGUUCAAUACCCGUUUAACUAAUAGAGAAAAACAGGGAAACGUUGCCGGAUACUUCGAAAAUUUAUCAAAACCGGUACAGGUUAAUGAUGGAACAAGAUCGUUUGUACUAAAGACGUCCGACUGUCACGACCAAUUUGCACCUUUCAAUGAAAAUCAGGAGACACGUGCACCCUUGACUCACUCGGAUCAUGUCAUCAGCCAGAUUACAGACGGAUUUUAUACAUUCAAGAUUCGGUUAAUGUUGCAAUUGGUCGGCAUCGAUAAAAACAAUUUUAACGAUAUUGACCACCUCGUUAAGUUAUUCAUUGGAUGGAAGAGCUCAAAUCAAAUUUUAGACCAACUACAAAUUUUAUGCAAUAACUUAAGCACAGGAUAUCAGCAAAACGAAUGCGUUAGGGAAGGUUUUGCAUAUUCGACAAUCAAACCAAAACAGGAGAAAAAGACUAAAAAAUUUACUCAUUCAUUUUACGAAAACGUUUCUUACUACUCCUCAUCUGUUUGCGGAACUUAUAUAAACAUUGCUGAUUUCAAAGAUGGAUUACCUCAUCCCGUCGAAUUUGAAGCAAACUUACCGUUUGACGAUAUUUUAGCACUUCAGGCUUUCGACCUUUAUCCUAAUCGUGAAUGCGGAGAGUUAGAAUGUAAAUUUUACGUAAAGUCUAAAUGGCUCGUUUGGUGCAUGGUUGACCCGUUGAAUGUUAAGAUGUAUAAAGAAUAUGUUGAAGGUCAGAGCAUUAAUUUCACAACCGAUAAGAAUUUAUCAUCAAUGUUCAGACACGCAUUCACACAAAUUAACAAUGAAGCAGAAAUUAUAAAUAAAUUUAACAUAACGACUUCAACUGUAGGAGGUCAGGAGGUUAAAUCACUCGAUGUCGGUAAAGGAAUGUGCAAUCUUCAGUGUGUGGGAAUGACAGUCCUAAUGUUGAAAUCAAAUAUGUACGGUUUUGGUGUAAAUCAAACGACUCAGGAAAAGAUUCAUGAAAUAUUCAGUACUCCUCAAAUGAUUCCUUCUCAACAGCUUGAUUAUAACGCUUUCCUGAUUGCUGCCUCAGCUGCUGGUAUUCAAUCAACAAUCAACAUGCCAGUAACUAACACAACAUGCAUAAGUAUAAUGUUUCCAAAACAUGAUAACGAUUAUACAGUAUUUGAGAACCCAAUUUAUACAAACCUUCAGCUUACCGUUAAUGGAAAGAACAUGCCGGACGAGCCGGUUGAUUCAACAGGUGCUCGUUUCUUACAACAAAAUUUGGUAGCUUCUGACUUAUCAGGAGGUUUGGAAUGCACUAAAGAAUUUGAAGAUUCAAUCGUAAUGGCAAAAAAUACCCCAACAGGUCAGAAAUAUCAGAACUGUUUAAGUGAUGGUACAUCGUUUAUGUGGAACGUUCAGUGUGAAAGAAAUAACGCCGGAUAUACUUUCGACGGCAUUGAUUCAGACGGUCAGAACAUCCCUAUACAAAUUAAAGGAAACCCAUUAUAUACGGGAGAAAAUGAUACAUAUUAUAACUUCAAUAACGGUGUAUCAAGACCUCCAGCACCUCAGAUAUGGUUAUGUAGAGAUACAUAUUUCCUAGUUUUCUCACAAGGCGUAAAGUAUAUCGGUAACGACACACCACCAGGUAAAUAA